GAGGGCCAAAGUCCCUAGGUAGUGUAAACCAUUAGCACACUCGGCAGCUAACCAAAAGGUUGGAGGUUCAAGUCCACAUAGAGGCGCCUCAGAAGAAAGGCCUGGUGAUCUACCUCUGAAAAACCAGCUAUUGGAAACCCUAUGACGCAUACAGUUCUACUCUGCCACACACGGUCACCAUGAGAUGGAGUCAGCCCGACGGCAACUGUUUUUUGUUUGUUUUUUUAAUUAGGGGGCCAGCAUAGUGUGCUGGAAAGAGCACGCGUUUCCAGAGUCGAGACACUGGAAUUGAGUCCCAGUUCCACCCCUUACUCCCCGGGAGACCUAGGGCAGGUCACUUAACCUUCUGGGCAUCGAUUUUUUCUACUGGAAAUGAGGAUGGUAAUACCUACCAUCAAGGUGAUUGUGAGCAUUAAACCAGCAUGUAGACCAAAGCACUUACUGGUGUUUAUCAAUCCCUUUGGAGGAAAAGGACAAGGCAAGAGGAUCUAUGAGAAGAAGGUGGCUCCGUUAUUUGCUUUAGCCUCCAUCAACACUGAGGUAAUCGUGACUGAACGUGCUAAUCAUGCCAAAGAGAGUUUAUACGAGAUGAACAUAGAUAAAUAUGACGGAAUCGUCUGUGUCGGCGGGGACGGCACGUUCAGUGAGGUCCUGCAUGGCCUGAUAGGAAGGACGCAGCAGAAUGCCGGCGUGGACCAGAACCACCCCCGCGCCGCCCUGGUCCCCAGCCCUCUCAGGAUCGGCAUCAUCCCCGCGGGGUCCACAGACUGUGUGUGCUACUCGACGGUCGGGACCAACGAUGCGGAGACAUCAGCCCUGCACAUCGUCAUCGGAGACUCGCUGUCCAUGGACGUGUCUGCCGUACACCACAAUAGCACGCUGCUGCGCUACUCCGUGUCCCUGCUGGGCUACGGCUUCUACGGGGACAUCAUAAAGGACAGCGAGAAGAAGCGGUGGAUGGGCCUCGUCAGAUACGACUUCUCAGGUUUAAAGACCUUUCUGUCCCAUCACUACUAUGAAGGAAUGGUCUCUUUCCUCCCAGCCCAGCAUACCGUGGGCUCUCCGAGGGACAGGAAACCCUGCCGGGCAGGAUGCUUUGUUUGCAGGCAGAGCAAGCAGCAGCUCGAAGAAGAGCAGAAAAAAUCACUGUAUGGCUUAGAAAACACUGAGGAGGUGGAGGAGUGGAAGGUGGUCUGUGGGAAGUUUUUGGCCAUCAACGCCACCAACAUGUCCUGCGCCUGUCCCCGGAGCCCCAGAGGCCUCUCCCCGGCUGCCCACUUGGGGGAUGGGUCUUCCGACCUCAUCCUCAUCCGGAAGUGCUCCAGGUUCAAUUUCCUGAGAUUCCUGGUCAGGCACACCAACCAGUACGACCAGUUUGACUUCACGUUUGUGGAAGUUUAUCGUGUUAAGAAGUUCCAGUUCACAUCGAAGCACCUGGAGGACGAGGACAGCGACCUCAGGGAGGGCAGCAAGAAGCGGUUUGGGCAACUCUGCAGGGACCACCCCGCGUGCUGCUGCACCGCCUCCAACAGCUCCUGGAACUGUGACGGGGAGGUUCUGAGCAACUCUGCCAUCGAGGUCAGGGUCCACUGCCAGCUGGUUCGGCUCUUUGCACGGGGGAUUGAAGAGAAUCCAAAGCAAGCAUCGCACGGCUGAGGCCCCUGACGCCCCAUCCACGUUGCUGCCGCCCCAGGGCAAGUGUGGGAGCAACUGAAGGAAACGGCGACCGACCAGUUAUGGCGAUAUAUGCAUUCUAGAACUCUAGACGUUUAUUUUUGAUAGUUCAAUCUUGAUUUCAGGAAAGGACCUGUGGUCAACAAUGUCCUGUAUAUGUUUGGCAUCUUGAGUUCCUUGUGACUCCUUGGGCUGGGCUUCACGUGACCGAUCCGCAGAGGUAGGGGCGUUGCUCCGUAGAUUUCAACAACGCCAGCCGCACAGAUUUUCAAACGGCCACACUUAGUGGCUCCUCUGCAGUACUCUUAGGAACGUGAUAAUAGGAGCGCACGCCACUGAGGCUGCCCCAUCCGGGCACGAGGUGGCCACAAGGCCACUCUGGCCAGGCACGAGACUUGUCCUGUAGUUGUUCGUGGUCAAGUUCUGGAAGGCAGUGGAUUCUCCGCCUUCCUUUUAUCUUCACCUUAGGUUAUGACCACAGUGUGACCGCUUGGUCCUUCCUGCACUCUGCAACUACAAUGCAACACGGUCCUGCUGGAGGCGACCUCAAAGCUUUAGGCCGUUUCAGUGUAAGGCAGGCACUAGGCACUAGGAGUCAGAAGAUUUUAUCCUUAAAACCUCAGCCCUUGCUUUCAACCUAGUCUUGCUUCUGAGACAAUUCAGCCGGCAGCAGGAGCCCCGGGGUUCACUCUGUAAACAGGUGCCAGGAGCUGGGGCUCCAUAAACAGGGACUCGGCCGCGGGGGCAGUUUGUAAAGUGCUAGCCAGGUUUUUACCGUCACGAAUGGAAAACACCGAAGCUGUACAUCGACAAGAGGUAGAUGGUACAGCUAGGCUUUGCGAGGGAAACGGGAAGAAGCUGGCAUUCGACAGGUAAAAAAACACGCCUUGUAAUUCUUUGUGAACUUGAGACACGAGCAUCCUGCCCCAGGCAGGGCACACGUUCCAGCCACGGGGGGGCUGUGGGGCCGGCUCCGGAGCCCCGCGGGUCUGCAUUUUUCCUUUCUUCAUACUCAUUCCUGUGUAUUUAUUGAACGUUCCAUUCUUUUCAGCCAGAACUGUCAGUGGCGUCUUCGUUGUCUGUGUUUUGUCCCUGUCCUCACUGAUCUCUCACCUCCUGCUAAAGCACGUGGGUGUAGGCUAGCUAGGGGAGACCCCCCUGAAAACAUUCCUGCUCAAACCCAUGGCCACUUCUCAGUCGUGUCUCUGUCUUGUGUUAUUUUUAUCCAUGCCCGUGGGCAUGCUGAAGUGUCUGUAAAAUAAUUUGAAAUACAGCGAGAGGCAGCUUGAACUCUGGUUUGCAGGGAGGUGACUGUUACAGGAGGGCUGUCCUGCAGUGCUGACGGGGUGGAUGUCACAGGUGAAGCAGUGUGUCCCUCUAACACUGUCCUGAGACUCCAUUCAGAGCGGUUUACGUUGUCACGUGGACGCCAAGGUUCCUGCUGCAGCAUUUUGGCCUGCCCCGGUCAGGAUAAAGGGCGGGUCUCCGGCAUUGUUUACGGACCACGUGAUCGGACGGUUGCACGGAGAGCAGCUGUUUCUGGUCUGAAUGCUUUGCUCCUGGGUGGAGGCCGGCAGCUCCCUGGGAGCAGGCAGUGGCCGCCGGGGUCCCCGGAGCCCCGAGCAGCACUGGCUUACGGGGUAGAGGACACGCAGCACACGGUCCUUCCCAGGACCACAGGGUCAGGCACAGUGUCACUCCCAGCCCCGAGUGGGCUGCGGGAAGAGGGUUCCUGGGGGUGCUGUGGGGCCCUGGGAGCCCUGGUGUUGCCCCUUGAAAUUGUGUUACUUUGCAGGGUCCCCCAAAGAUUCCUCGAAGCCUUUAUUGUCCCCGGCAAAUUUUUCCAAUGCAUGGCCCACCCUAAAAUCCACUGCCAAUUGUAGAGACAGGGCCCAGGCAAAGAGUCAGCAUCUUACGCUCAACAAGAUACCCCCGGCCAUGCCGAGGGGCCAGUUUUGGCAUAGCUCUGGUGUUCUCACCAACUGCAUACUGACAUUCAAAAGGGCAAACCUAGAAACUUCUCUGGGCUCAUGGCAGGACUCCCCGAGCCCCCAGGUGACCUGCACACGGGGCAGGAGGUGACCCCUCAGACAGGCCUAAUCAAAGGCUCCAGCCCUCAUGUGUCCUCACUUAGCUGGAAUAUCCACAACACAGUCGUUCAUAGUUUUAAAAGAAAGAAAGCAAGAAAAGUGACGGUUAGAUAUGAGAACAUAGGGUCACUUAGAAGGUUUAGUCUACGUUUUGAUGAACUUCCUUGCUCAUUGGUGCAAAAAAAACUAGGCAGCAGUCAGCCCAGGACUUUCCGCUUCUCCUGACGAGGAGCGGAGAGCCUUGUAAGCUGUCCCCGAGUCACGAGGGGCACAGAUUUGACUUGUCCCUUAAUGCAAUCUUGUACGACAGGGAAGUGUUGGUGGGGAAAAGGUUGCUUAAUUUUCUUUCAAAUCUUGCUGGUUUCAAGAUUAGAAAAUGGCACAUUUGACCUGAUACAUUUGAGAAGACAAAAAUAAAGUUACUUUGGGCAGA